GUCCAGGAGCAUUAGCAGGAAAUCUGAGACGAGACCUUGGAGAAAGGACAGACUGGAGCGACUACAGGUCUGUGCAUCCUGGAGGACGAGCUGCCAAGCUGAAUGUGUCUCUCUCCAUUUUCCACUGGAGCACAAUUUCCCAACAGAAACACCUACAUGCAGGUCAACACCCCGAUGCUGAUGAAUCUACUUGUGGAAUACAUCUGAUCCGGUCUCAUGUAUCCCGGUGACGCAUGGGGCUGCUUGGUGAUGCAGGUACCCAGUGAGAGUGAUUCUGAGAGGAAGCUGUGUCAACAUCAGGGGACAAAGCAAAGCGACCUCCGCCACAGUCAGGCCUCUCCUGAGAUGUGGAGCUGUGGCUCUUAUUGCUGGCACAGUAUUAAUGUUGUGUGCAUCCAUGGCUGCUCUCUACCUGUGGAAAGUCAGCGAUAAAAAUGUUUAUAAUGUUCGUUACAGUAUGAACAUCAAUGGGGAGGUGAGGGAGGGCUCCAUGGAAAUCGAUUCUGACAACAAUCUGGAGAGGUUUAAAACUGGGAGCGGAGCUGAGGAAGCUGUGGAGAUUCAUGACUUUCAAAUUGGAAUAACGGGAAUCCGCUUCUUUGGAGGAGACAAGUGCUAUAUAAAAUCCCAAAUCAAAGCCAGCCUUCCACACAUGGGAGCUCACAACAAAGAGACACUGAUGUUUGACCUGACAGAUGAAUUAAUGCCAGUGAGGUUUGAUGAGGAGUUCCUCAUAUGGGUUGCAGCAGAGCAGCCGCUGAAGGACACCAGGUUUCUGAGCAAUAAAAUCCUGGAUCUUUGCGGGGAACUUCCCAUUUACUGGCUCCAACCGAUGUAUCCUAAAGAUGGGGAGAGGAAAAAGAGAGACACGCAGUCGAACACGGAGGAGGUUGAGGCGGCUGCUGAGGAGAGGGAGCUCGACACCUCCAGAGCUGUGGAAGGAGAAGAGGAGGGGGCCCAGUCAGCUGCAGGGUCAGCGUACAAUCCCGAAAACCCCUAUCAUCACAGCGGAGGGACCAGAGAGGAAGGCGCCAUGACCUUUGACACCAUGUUAGACCACCAGGGAAUCUGCUGCUCAGAAUGCCAGCGCAGCUACACUCACUGUCAGAGGGUGUGCGAGCCUCUGCGUGGAUACUGGCCUUGGCCUUACAACUACAGAGGCUGCCAGGUAGCUUGUCGAGUCAUUAUGCCCUGUCGCUGGUGGGUGGCACGCAUUUUUGGUGUUGUGUAAGAAAACACACCAUGUCUUGUUUUUUUUUUUGUUUUUUUUUCCUCCCCGCAGCUCUCUUAGCAUUAAGCUUUUAUUCAGAUGUGCAUGCAGAUAUUUAUUUUGAGUUUGACGCUAAACGCUGCCAGAAAGCUACGCCUGUUAGCGUAAUAUGCAGAUUGUGAAGUAUGAUUAUUUAAACAUCUGUACCAACUGUGACAAAUGUUUCAUCUUCAUGGGAAUAUCCUUUGCAUGCAGCAAAACUGGAGAACAUAAAUGCCAUAUUCUUAUUUGCAGUAACAGAUUCACAAAUGAGCAUAUUAUUUUAUUUUUUUCUGUCGUGUGAUACCAAGGCUUAAUGCACUGUACUGUGUUUAAUGGAAGACAUGGGACUGAAUCCAAAGGCUCACAGCAGAUCAUGUACCUUUUUCUGACUGAACAGGCUUCAAUAAAUUCUAAUUACAGUGUA